GGCUCUGAUUGGUUGUCUGUCUGUGGACGCGUCGGUUUAAACUUGGGGGCGGGAGUUGGUUCAGUUUGAAUCAGAGGAACAGAAACCUCAGCUCGGACCGACAAUUCAUCGACCCACGGCAAAUCUCACAGCAGUAACUCAUGGCCUCCCAGAAUAUGGACCCCGCAGCGGCAACAGCUUCCUCCACAGCCGCUUUGAAGGGCAGUGAGAGCGGCAGCAGCGCGGCCAGAGGCUCGGUGACCAAACGGUUACAACAGGAGCUCAUGACUCUGAUGAUGUCGGGAGAUAAGGGGAUCUCAGCGUUUCCAGAAUCAGACAAUCUCUUCAAAUGGGUCGGAACCAUCGAAGGAGCUCAGGGGACGGUGUACGACGGGCUCAGGUACAGGCUGGCUCUGGAGUUCCCAGCUGGAUACCCGUAUCAGGCUCCUCGUGUAAAGUUUGUCACUUCCUGUUUUCAUCCUAACGUUGAUGAGAACGGUUUCAUAUGCCUCGACAUCCUGAAGGACAAAUGGUCGGCGCUCUACGACGUCCGCUCCAUCCUGCUGUCAAUCCAGAGUCUGCUCGGAGAGCCAAACAACGAGAGUCCUCUGAACACAGCUGCUGCUGAACUCUGGGAAGACCAGGAAGCCUUUAAAGCUCAUCUACACUCGACCUUCCAGAAGUGAAUCUGCUGUGCGUUUUCUCCUUCUUCCGUUUGUCUUCUGUGUUUGUACAAUAUUUUUAUGUUUGUUCAACUCGCCGUAUAAAUAAAGUUCUUAAAUCAACUCAAAA